CUCAAACUGGUGCAGAGUUUGAAGACCCGUGUGGUGAAAAAUAAUUGCAAUCCUGAAUGGAAUGAUGAACUGACUCUUUCUAUUGCAGAUCUUAGGACUCCAAUCGGUUUAUCAGUGUAUGACAAAGACACAGUAACAGACCAUGACAAAAUGGGAGAUGCCGUAAUUGACAUCGAACCAUACAUCGAAUGUCUGAAGAUGGGACUGGAAAGCCUCCCAGAGGGGUGUGUGGUUAAGAGGGUAUAUCCAAGCAGAACAAACGACUUAGCUGAUGAGAGCCAAUGUGUUUGGAACAAAGGGAAAAUUAUACAGAACAUGCACCUUAGGUUGAAGAAUGUAGAGUGUGGUGAGGUGGAGAUUCAGCUCGAA